AUGUCAUCGCGACAAAGCAACACUGUAGACGUCCCUGGCGUGCACAAGGAACAACACACGGCGCCAACGAAUGCAAACAAGGGAGAUAUUAAAGGAGAUGCACGUAAGAAACCAGAGUCAAAAUUGGACGUGACUGAAACAGCGCGCAAAGCGCGUGCUGACAUGGCGAAGCAGAUGCGGUCCAUGGAUGAAUGGCCACACACGGCUGACGAUGGCGUAGACAGGAACCAUCCGCUCGUGAGCCCGACUGCCGAGGAUCUGCUGAAGCAGCGAUUCUUAAAUGCGCAGAAGCGUUCGCACGGCAGCCUUUCGCUCGGUGGCAGCGGCGAGUCGUUGGAAAUUCCGUCCGUGUUUCGCGAGCGCACAAAGAAAGAAGACGGGAAGGAUACCAGCCUGAUGGGCACUACACAGGCACCUGGAGCGGCUACCGCCGCAGGAAGUACGAUUGCGGGGGGCGCUUUUGCAUCACAAAUGCGAGACGCGCCACCGCGGAAGCAAGUAAAGGCGCCACACGAAAACAGUGCGCCCGAUGCCAAAGACAAGAAGGCGUCUGAAAAAACAAAAGCAGCGGCACUGCCAGACCCCCCAGCACUCCCAAGCAAAAAAAUGAAUGUGAAUCCGCUGCUCAAUUUUGAUUUGAGCGAUAUCGAACAUGACGGCGACACCGCCGAUCCAAGCCCCUAUUUUCCCGGCGCCAUUGCGGCGAUCACUUCGCGUCCGCAUCUGGAAAACCUAGAGCUUCCUUUCGAUACGCACGUGCUUGUGCGGCGCCUGGACGAGGGCGGCUGGAAGACCCCCGGCGAGAAGUUCAUGGAGGUAGACGGGAAAAAAGUCCGGCGCCACGAUCCUGCCGAAACGAUCAUGAAACUCACGCGCGAUCUCUUGCACAGUCGCGGCAAGGAACUUGCUGAAAACAAUAUCGACCGCAGCGAUCUGGACAACCAGUUUUAUCUCUUUUCCUCUGCACUCGCCGAGCUGCGGACCGAGGUGCUUGUGCGUGCGCGAAACGACGCCGCAGCACUCCGCAGUCUCGCGUCCCUUCUCCAGCGCGAAGUGGACGGCCUGGCACAGAAAAUGCAGCAAGAGAUAGAGCGGCUUAAGCACGACAUCCAAGUUGAUAUGAACUACCGCAAGACAGAGGUCAAGGACGAGAACAAUCAUUUGGAACUCGACAUCCAGGACCUCAACAACCGCUUCACCAUUUUUCUAAGCGAUCUCAGGACCGAGAUCGAGCAGAGCAUCAAAUGGGACGCGACGCGACGCGCACUGGCGCUUGUGUUUGGUAUUGUUGCGAUCCUCGUCUGCACAUUGGCACUGGCCGACUAUUUGUCAAAAGACGAAAAGUACGAGGGGGAGGCCAAGAAGCACGCCAAGCUCGCCGCCGCGGAGAAUGCAGCGCGUGUGACACUGCGGGACGAACGGGCGCCAUUGGCGGACGAGGCCUCGCAGCCAAGAUCUGCAGAAGAAUGGGGCCUACUUCCUCGGUACGAUUCCGACGACCCUCGCUAUGUGUAG